AUGUCACCAAAUAAACUGACGACGAGUUGUAGCGUCCGAAAUUUUUAUCGUCAUCGAUGCUACUGGCAAUGUGAUAGAGAAUGGAGUGAUAAUUGUAGUAGUAGUAGUUGCAGUAGUGAUAAUAACAGUGAUAAUGAUAAUAGUAGUAUUAGUAUUAGUAGGACUUAUUGUUCGUUAAAUUUAAUUAAUUUUCGAACCAUUCUUAUCAUUUAUUGUAUUAUUAUCAUCAUUAUCAAUGUUGUCACGACAAAAGAUAUCGCACAGCAAAGAUUUGGAUGCAAUUUAUCAGAUCAUCAAGCAUGCGAUGAAUUAUGUAAACAAGAUUCAUACUGGUAUGGUCAUUGUUCCAUAUGGGAUGGAUACGAUUUCACUUGUUCCUGCUAUCAUUAUAAAAUACCGCUUAAUGGUAGCAUAUGUAAACGAAUGCAAAAAAUAUGCAAUGAUUAUUGCAUUAAACGAGGAUUAGAAGGUGGCUACUGCUAUGUGUAUGCUUCUAGAACAGCUCCAAAUGGAACAACUGAAUGCAAAUGUUUUGAAGAACUAUUACAACCUGUCCGGUGA